AACCAGAGGCGCUGCACGGGCCAGCCUGUCAGAUAAACCAGCAGCGACCAUGACGGGCUCCCACAUCAGCCGCGGCUGGAGCGACACGCGCGUCCGCCGGCUGUGAGAGAGUGAGGGGGAUCCGCCGGGCCGGGCCAGGGCCGGGCAGGGGCGCCUCGGGGUCGGAGUCGGGGUUUUGGACGGUCAAUGGACUGGAAAGGGGAAGGAGCGAGAGGAAACCUCCGCAUGUUCAAGUUUCCUGCUCCCACCAGUGCGGGGAGACUGUGCGCGUCGGCUGCGACGCGUUGCGCGCCGCUGGAGCGAAGUUUAGAAACACCGUGAUUUUUUUUUCCCCAUCUCCCCUUUUUUUUUUCUUCUUUCUUUCUUGUUUUUUUUUUUUUUUUUUUUUUAAUUUUUUUUUUCUCUUGUCCACAAAUAAGGAACGGGCGGAUUAAUAACUUUUCCCUGAUGAAAAUUCCCCAUCUGUGCAUGGGAGGCUCCGCUGCGAUGAUGAUGUCGAGCAAGAGCGCGGAGUGGCUGCAGGACGAGCUGGAGUCCGGCUCCGGCGCGCUGCUGCUGCUGGACUGCAGACCCCACGAGCUGUACGAGUCCUCCCACAUCGAGUCGGCCAUCAACCUGGCCAUCCCGGGCCUCAUGCUGCGGAGGCUGAAGAAGGGCAACCUCCCCAUCCGCUCCAUCAUCCCCAACAACGAGGACAAGGAGACGUUCGUGGCGCGCUGCCGCACGGACGUGGUGCUGCUGUACGACGACGAGACAGCGGCGGCGGCGGAGGAGGAGCGGCACGAGCCCGGGCUGGGGGGCUCCGUGCUCGGGCUGCUGCUGCACAAGCUCCGGGACGACGGCUGCGAGGCUUUCUACCUGGAGGGGGGCUUCAACAAGUUCCAGUCCGAGUACCCCGAACACUGCGAGACCAAUCUGGACUGCUCGUGUCCCAGCAGCUCCCCGCCGGCGUCCGUCCUGGGUCUGGGCGGGCUCCGCAUCAGCUCCGACUGCUCGGACGGGGAGUCGGACCGCGAGCCGGGCAGCGCCACCGAGUCGGAGGGCAGCCCGCUGCCCAACAACCAGCCGGCCUUCCCCGUCCAAAUCCUGCCGUACCUUUACCUGGGCUGUGCCAAAGACUCCACCAACCUGGAUGUGCUCAGCAAGUACAACAUCAAAUACAUCCUCAACGUGACGCCCAACCUGCCCAACAUGUUCGAGCACGAGGGGGAUUUCAAGUACAAACAGAUCCCCAUCUCCGAUCACUGGAGCCAAAACCUCUCACAGUUUUUCCCGGAGGCCAUUUCAUUUAUUGACGAGGCGCGGUCCAAAAAGUGUGGCAUCCUGGUCCACUGUCUGGCGGGGAUCAGCCGCUCGGUCACCGUCACCGUCGCCUACCUUAUGCAGAAGCUCAACCUGUCGCUCAACGACGCGUACGACUUUGUCAAGCGGAAAAAGUCAAACAUUUCUCCCAACUUCAACUUCAUGGGCCAGCUCCUGGACUUCGAACGGACUCUGGGCCUCAACAGUCCCUGCGACAACCACUCCACCUCCCCGCCGCACGACCAGCUCUUCUUCACCACCCCGACCAAUCAUAACGUCUUUCAGCUGGACACGCUGGAGUCCACAUGAAAACAAGACUUAAGACUGUGCCCUCUUUAAAAGAAGAGCGAGGAGUCAAGGUGGAGUUGUUACCACGGUAACGAGCAGCUGCACUGGAGGAGAGCAGCCAGUUUUAAUGAAUGUUUUAGCCUCCGGAGGGUCUUGUCUUAGAGCCUUUGCCACAGAGCGGCACUGAGAGCGACAGGAUGGGUCACGAAUGCCACGUUUAAGGAGAUGUAAGGAGAGUUUAACUCGGAGAGGGGACGGAACACUGGGCUUAAGAUUGAGUCGUCAUUUGCAUUGAUUCAAAUCGAGGAUCCGAGAUCCCUGAUCAGCCUGUCUUGUUGUGAAGAACAAGGCAAUGUACUUAACUGAGUGAAAAACUGAAACGACCCCAGGAGGACAGACAGCUUCAUGCAAAGAUAGGAAACACGGGAAAUCUGCAGCACUCGAUUUAAGAGAUGACAGCGUCCUCUCUGUUUUUCCGCCUCGGCUCACAAGCUGAGCUGACUGGUGCCAAGUGGAGAAUCUGGGAUUUACUCAAAAUCUCACUCUACUGAAUGUAGAGUUUUUAAAAACCAAGGAAUUAACACUUACACACACACACACACACACACACAAACACAAAGUAUGUAUGUAAACGUACGUAGCAGAAAAUGUAUGAGCAGUCCUUAACAAAGUCAGUAUGUCCACAUGCAUUUUUGUAUAUUUUUAUGUACAUUUACGCACAGAUCUAUACCUUAUAUAAACAUAUACGCAUAGAAAAAUUUUGUCUUUGUCCAAAAACGAAGUAAUUCAAUCCACUAAUGGCUUAAGAGAUUGUAAAACUAAAAAAAAAAAAAGGGAAUGGGUGUUGAAGUUUUUUUUUUUCUCCUUUUUUAAUGACCUAAUGCAGUUUGCACAGUGGCAUAGCCAUUGACUUGCUGGCACUUGAAGCCAGUGCUGGAAGCAGGCAGAUAAAGAGACAUUCAGAGCGGGUGGAGUGGACAGAGGAGAGGCCAGUCCCAGGCUGCGACAAGUCCUAACAGCUGCACAACGGGACGGGGAGGGAGCAGGAACUAUGAGCUGAGCUUCAGGAUCCCCGGGUUAAAAUGGCAGGGAACGACUUAGGCCCCGUUUACACGGAGCAAAAACGGUGGCGUUUUCAUGCGUUUUGGCUGUUCGUUUACACGAAAACGAAGCUCAAAGUCACCAAAAAAAAAACGAUAAUUUCUGAAAAUUCCGGCCAAAGUGGAGAUUUUCAAAAACUCAGUUUUCACAGUUGCUUGUAAACGGAGGGAAACGGAGAUUUAGGCUUCAGAAACGUCACAUUAUGCAACAGAAGCGUCACCAGCAUCAUUUCUGCGACCUGUGUUUACAAUUUGUUCGGCCACCGUCAAUAUUUUCUUGUAUUUUACCUGUUUUAUAUUCUAAAGUCACACUUAAAAGCAGUGGUGGGUAUUGGGAAGGACCUCACGAUACGAUACGCAUCACGAUACUUGAGCCACGAUACGAUACAAUAUUGCGAUAUCCCGAUUAUGCGAUAUAUCCCGAUAUAUCGCGAUAUUCUAUAUAGUCCACCGAAAAAUUUAAAAAUGCAUUACAUGUCUUAAAAUCCAAGUUGUAUAUAUGUACAUCAGAUGAUAGUGAUAAUUCAUUGGACAGACUGAGUCAAAACAAUGUAAUUCAAACUUUCCAUUUUAAUAUGCAACAUAUUUGCAUGAAAAAACACACUGAAACACAAUAAAAAGUGCAGUGUGCAUUAUUCUUAGAUACAAAAUACUCCAAAUAAAAUGCAGUGUCUCACCCACACUGAAAUUGAAAUCACAAAAAUACAGUACAGCUAGGGGUGGGCAAAAAUAUUGAUACGGCAAUAUAUCGCGAUACAUAUGUUGAAUAUCGUAUCGGGAGACUAUGUAUCGCGAUAUAUUGCCGUAUCGAUAUUUUUGCUCACCCCUACUUAAAAGUGUGACUCCAAACGAAAGACUCUCGUUCCGUCUUGGAAGUAACUGGCAGUCAAGGCUGAUUUAUGGUUCCGCGUUACACCAACGCAGAGCCUACGGCGUAGGGUACGCGGAGACGCGCACCGUACGUAGGCUACGCCGUAGAUUUAACGCGGAACCAUAUUAUUCAGGCUUCACACGUGUCAUUUGUUGACGUUUUUUUUCCAGGAUUCUGAUUGGCUAGCAUGACUUUACGCUUCUCGUUACACUGCCCCCUGUAGGUUUGGCUGCUCAUUGCACCUUAACAGCGUAUUUAUCCGGGUUCGUGUAAACGAGGAUAUUUUUCAAAACGUAGAGGGGGAAAUAUCCGUUUUUGUAAAUACAAAACUCUGUGUAAACGUGGCCUUAGAAACCAGCUGAACUGUGGUUGGUGUGAAACGACUGUUUGUUUUGUUAAACUGUAGUUCCCAGUUCCUCCUAAAUUCACCUUAUGACUGUUCAUUCGGACACCUAAGAAAAAGUACCAAUGUUUCCAGCAGCUGUUCUCAGUAUCUGAGUCACUUGUUUCAUUUCAGUUUGAAACUAAACUCUGAACUUCCUCGAUUAUGACAUCACGACAGUUAUCACGCAAGUAUGUUCGGGCCAAAACUGGUUUCUACCAGCUCUGACUUUUGCUUCCUGAAGACUUUUCAGUGAGGGCUUGAGGCAGAUCAGGGCUCGAAGGCAAGAGUUCACUUUUUGGGCAACGUGUUUUAUAAGACUUGGAUAAACGGGCCCCUCAGACUUCUUACAGAGGUUAAAAUUUGCCAAAAAAGGACUAAUAGUGAUCAUUGCUUUUGUGUUCUGGUUUUGCGAGCUGGGACUGGCCUCCACGACAGACUGCACUUACUUUUUCUUAGUAGGGAUCACCCAUUUCAUCAAAGAAAGCUUUGUUGGGUUGAUUCACCCUUAAGCCUUGGCUAUAUUAUACAAAAGAUAUAUUAAUAAACACGUGAAUAUAAAAUUUAUAUAUAUAUAUAAUAAAGCUAAUAUUACACAAAUGGAUAUUAUUUUCUAUACCUGAGCACUCUGGGGUGCUGUAUGCUCUUGAACAUAGACAUGGAUGAUGCUUUAUCAGGUGGAAAGACCAACAAAGAGGCCUGUUUUUUGUUUUAUUUUAAUGCUGCUGCACACAGCAUGUAGUCAAGGUGAUUGCUGAGACAACGCCCACAUCUGCAGCACUCAAAGAAAAAGGUUAGGUUUGAAAAAUGAUGGGAAUAUUGCUCCAUUUAUCUGCAAGAAACUCCUGAAAUGUGUUGAACUUCUGCAUCUGUUUUAGUCUUAACAGCACUUAUCUAAUUGGGUGCGAGGGAGCAUCUGUAGGUACUUUGGGCCUCCCGAUCCAAAGUUUUCUUCUUCAUACUAAAAAAGCAGUGAGUCACUCAGUUGCAAGUGUUAAAGGGAAGGUCAGACUCUUACGUUGACCCUGAAAUUGCCAAAUAAAUCUGACUUUUCCACUCCAGGUAUCUUGCACAUUGGGGUUUCCUCUGCUUGUAAAGAAAUACAUGGGACAAGUAUUUUAAGAUAAAAUUCCUGAUAUUUUUAGAAACAGAUUUUCAAGGUGCAGAUGUGGACGAGGUCUGAACAGAAAAAAAGAACAGGGUUUCAGGCGGGAACAACGGUCGAAUCUGUUGGUUGGUUUUAGCUGGCCUUAUAUUAUCUUUCUAACUUCUUUCUAAUGCUGACUGUUCAAUACUCUUUGUAUUUCACUUGAAAAAAAAACAUUGUGUGGUUUAAAAAAAAGCUAAAAAAAACUGUUUCUCCGUUAUCUGGAAAAGAACACGGUGAUAAUAAGAGACAGAGAGCCGUCUUUAUUACCGUGACGGGUCACACGAGGUCGUCUUUGUUACUCUGCAAUUUAUCAGAACACCUUUUUUUGCAGUAUUUUGUACAUCUGAGACCUCAAUGUUUUUAAAUUCUUCUUCUUUUGUACGAUAUCUACUCUACAUAAUUAUACAAGAUUCAGCUUAGGUAUGGCUUAUGGACUGAAAUAAUAUUUCACCUGGGGUGUCCAAAAAUGAAGAGCCUGUUUGUCCAACCGUACAAAGGCCGUCGCAAACACACAUUCACACACACAGCAAGAGCUGUGCCUGUCACAACAGACAAUUAUACCACCCAGCUUAAAGAAAUACAAGUUAUUUUUUUCCAAAAAUGAUUUGAUAUAAUGUGCUUGAUGCUAUUCCUGUGGCCUUUUGAUAUGCAAAGUUUCUCUUUUUCGAUGGCAUCAGAAAUGAAAAUAAUACUACCACGCUUGAACGGACUUCCCUUUAUUUUUUGGGAAUCGUAUUCCACUUAAAGUGAAACUGGAUCACUUGCACCCAAGGAUUGAAAUAUAUUUCAGGAUGGAGUUUUUCUAUUUACAAAGAACACGGUUGAUUUCAAGCUGCUUUCUUGUGUUUCUGUGUCUCUGUCACAAUGAACGAGAAACCAAGUCCUUUUCUCUGUUUGUGAGUUUUCUAGAUCACGGGAACCGGUGUUUCUGUGUCCUUAAAUCUUGUAGCGACAGUAGAUCUUGGUAUGAAAGUGCUCAUGGGAGAAAGAUGUGGGCGAACAGGAGCGGAGGACAGAGACGGUGGCGUGAGAAACAAAGUGGAAGUAAACGUGAAUGAUUUUUAAAAAAAAUGUUACCUCAGUGAGGAUUUUCAGGGAUUUUCCUUUUUAUUUUGAUUUUUUUUUUGACAAUGCAUCUUGCAUCGUGUUACAGCUUCACAGUCACGUUGAAUAGCUGUUUUGUAUUGUGCUGUAAACAGUUGGGUUUUUUUGUUUUUUUGUUUUUUUUUAAAGAUGCAAUCUGUAUGUGAAUAAAAACAAGGGGGCAUGUUGACCGGGGCAUUUACACCUUUCUGUCUACUGAAAGAAACAUGAUUGACCUGACGUAUUGUAUAGUGUAUAUGGAAACAACACAAGACAUGUUUAUACCGCAAAUAAAUAUUGAAGUAUUUUUUUCUUUAA